AUGGGGGACACGGCCGUAGAGGACCUGGAGCUUGGCGGUGGAUCUGGAGCGGGGGCGGCAGCAGCAGUGGUGGUGGCUAGGGGUGGCGGCAGCACGCUAGAGAUGGCCACGGCAAAGGAGUCCGACUCCAUAGAGUGCCCCUUUUGUGAUGACGUGUCCAAAUAUGAGAAGCUUGCCAAGAUCGGCCAAGGCACCUUUGGGGAGGUGUUUAAGGCCAAGCACCGCCAGACUGGCAAAGAGGUGGCUCUGAAGAAGGUGCUGAUAAAGAAUGAGAAGGAGGGGUUCCCCAUUACAACUUUGCGGGAGAUCAAGAUCCUCCAGGUUCUAAAACAUGAGAAUGUGAUCAACUUGAUUGAGAUUUGCCGAACCAAAACAUCCCUCUAUAACCACAGCAAGGGCAGCAUAUACCUGGUGUUUGACUUUUGCGAGCAUGAUCUUGCUGGGCUGCUGAGCAAUGCCUUUGUCAAGUUCACUCUCUCUGAGAUCAAGAGAGUGAUGCAGAUGCUGCUCAAUGGCCUCUACUUCAUCCAUAUGAACAAGAUCCUGCACAGGGACAUGAAGGCUGCUAAUGUGCUCAUCACCCGUGAUGGUGUCUUGAAGCUGGCAGACUUUGGGCUGGCCCGGGCCUUCAGCCUGAACAAGAACAGCCAGCGCAGCCGCUUCACCAACCAUGUGGUGACGCUCUGGUACCGGCCCCCGGAGCUAUUGCUUGGGGAGUGGGACUACGGUCCCCCCAUUGACCUGUGGGGUGCAGGGUGCAUCAUGGCAGAGAUGUGGACUCGUAACCCUAUCAUGCAGGGCAACACGGAACAGCAACAGCUUGUUCUCAUCAGCCAGCUCUGUGGCUCCAUCACCCCUGAGGUGUGGCCAAACGUGGGCAAGUACCAGCUGUUUGAGAAGCUGGACCUGGUCAAGGGCCAGAAGCGGAAGGUGAAGGAGAGGCUGAAGCCCUAUGUGCGUGAUCCCCAUGCACUCGACCUCAUCGAUAAGCUGCUGGUGCUGGAUCCUGCGCAGCGCAUCAACAGUGAUGACGCCCUCAACCACGACUUCUUCUGGUCGGAUCCCAUGCCCACAGACCUCAAGCGCAUGCUGUCCACCCACCCGACGUCCAUGUUCGAGUACCAGGGGCCACCACGCUGGAAGGGCAGCCAGAUCACCCAGCAGCGGACCAACCAGAGCCAAAAUCCCACUGCUACCAGCCAGAUGGAAUUUGAUCGUGUCUUCUGA